AGUAGGGUCUGGGACGCGCGCGGGGAGACCCUGUGCAUGCAUAAAGCCGACACCGGGGCUGUAGUAGCCGUCUAGAACCAGCGCGGGAAUAGGUGCGGAGGCGCACAGUGGCUGGCCGGGCAGCGGCGGCGUGGUCUCGGGCCACCUCCAAGCCGAGGGCAGCACCUGUCGCCUCGGAGGCGCUGCCAGCCCCCUCCCUCCUCCUCCGCAGGGCGCGGGACCUCUAUUUAUAUCGUUCAGCCGGCACAGUCCCAUAUUGGGCAGUGGCGUCAGUCAGGCCCGCUGGCCGCCCUGCCACCCGGUAGCGUCCAGGCCAGGUCGUGGCCCAUCGCGGGGCCCCUGUGGAGCGAGUGGGGACGCGCCCCGAACCAGGCAGCACCUUCAAAUGUUUCCUGACAUCUCUGUAGCUUCUUGAGUAAUCAGACAUGCAAAUAGCCCCUCGGGAAUCAAGCUACACUUAAAGAAGACUUAGUUGGAAACUUUGGAGAGUAGAUCAUGGAGUGCAAGACUGAGGGAAAAGAAAAAUACCAACAUAGCUUGAAUUUACUGAACAAAAUUAAGAACAUGAAAGAAUUAGCAGAAAUGAUUGACGUGGUACUCAUAGCAGAAGGAGAGAAAUUUCCUUGCCACAGACUGGUCCUGGCUGCAUUUAGCCCUUAUUUCAAAGCUAUGUUCACCUGUGGACUACUUGAAUGCAAUCAAAGGGAAGUCGUACUUUAUGACAUCACAGCAGAAAGUGUGUCGGUGUUAUUAAAUUACAUGUACAAUGCAGCUUUGGAGAUCAAUAAUGCCAAUGUACAGACUGUAGCUAUGGCUGCCUAUUUUAUGCAGAUGGAAGAAGUCUUCAGUGUGUGUCAAAAAUAUAUGAUGGACCACAUGGAUGCCUCCAACUGUUUAGGUAUCUAUUAUUUUGCAAAGCAGAUUGGAGCUGAAGAUUUAUCUGAUCAAUCGAAGAAAUAUUUAUAUCAGCACUUUGCCGAGGUCAGCUUACAUGAAGAAAUACUAGAAAUCGAAGUGCACCAAUUUUUGACACUUAUUAAAUCAGAUGAUCUUAACAUAUCCAGAGAAGAGAGCAUUCUGGACUUAGUUCUGAGAUGGGUAAAUCAUAACAAAGAAUUGCGUGCAGAGCAUCUUGUUGAGCUUUUGAAGCAAGUCAGAUUGGAGCUUGUAAAUCCUUCUUUUUUAAGACAAGCCCUAAGAAGGAACACAAUGCUUCUGUGUGAUGCAGAUUGCAUUGACAUAAUUCAAAAUGCAUUCAAAGCCAUCAAGACACCCCAACAGCACUCUCUAAAUCUGCGCUAUGGCAUGGAGACUACCAGUCUUCUGCUUUGCAUUGGCAAUAAUUCUUCAGGAAUCAGAUCAAGACAUAGGAGCUAUGGGGAUGCCAGUUUUUGUUAUGAUCCUGUAUCACGGAAAACCUAUUUCAUCUCAUCUCCCAAGUAUGGAGAGGGUUUAGGAACUGUGUGUACUGGUGUUGUCAUGGAAAAUAAUACUAUAAUUGUGGCUGGAGAAGCAAGUGCCUCUAAACUCUCUAGACAAAAGAACAAGAAUGUUGAAAUUUAUAGGUAUCAUGAUAGAGGAAACCAGUUUUGGGAAAAGUUAUGCACAGCUGAAUUUCGAGAACUCUAUGCUCUGGGCAGUAUUCAUAAUGACCUUUAUGUUAUAGGAGGACAGAUGAAAAUUAAAAACCAGUAUCUUAUUACAAACUGUGUGGAUAAGUACUCUGUAGAACGGGACAAUUGGAAAAGGGUGUCUCCCCUUCCACUGCAAUUGGCAUGUCAUGCUGUAGUGACAGUGAAUAAUAAACUUUAUGUGAUUGGAGGCUGGACCCCUCAGAUGGAUCUUCCUGAUGAAGAACCUGAUCGAUUAAGCAACAAACUGUUGCAGUAUGACCCCAGCCAAGAUCAAUGGAGUGUGCGGGCAUCCAUGAAGUACUCUAAAUACCGAUUCAGUACAGCUGUAGUCAACAGUGAGAUUUAUGUUUUGGGGGGCAUUGGCUGUGUAGGUCGAGACAAGGGCCAAGUUCGAAAAUGCCUUGACGUGGUGGAGAUCUACAACCCAGAUGGGGACUUUUGGCGAGAGGGCCCUCCCAUGCCAAGUCCCCUCCUCUCACUCCGCACCAAUUCCACCAAUGCAGGGGCAGUGGAUGGGAAACUCUAUGUCUGCGGGGGAUUCCAUGGAGCAGAUCGCCAUGAGGUUAUCUCCAAAGAAAUAUUGGAACUGGACCCAUGGGAAAACCAGUGGAAUGUUGUAGCCAUCAACGUCCUCAUGCAUGACAGUUAUGAUGUCUGCCUGGUGGCCAGGAUGAAUCCCCGAGACCUCAUCCCCCCGCCUUCAGAUUUGGUGGAAGAAGGCAAUGAGCACUGAGGUGACCUUGCUGGAGGACCUCCCGCUGUGGCUGCAAACAAGGCUUUCAGAACGGAGAGGGCCCACAGCAUCUCUUUCAUGCCAGUCAUAUGCAUCGCAUGCGUAGUGGCCUGUGUGUGAAGAAGCAGUGUGUGCUGGGCACUGGGCGGGGGGCAUGGGGAGUCUCCCUUCAGGGACUUCCCAGUCUGAUAGGGUAAAUGAGACACUACAAGGAAGAGGUGAUGAUGGCCACAGGAGGGGCACAGGGCCACAGGAGGGCAACAGAUGGAAGGUCUCACUCUGCUGGGGACUCACACACAGCAUUGCCAAGGAGUAGACCUUUGACUGGAGCCCCAAAAGGAUGAGGAGGAAGCGGUCCCAUGGGGGCAGUUGAUGAUGAGUUCAUGGCAACAGCCGAGCAAGGGCCCAGAUAUGGAAAGCUCGUACCUGUCUGCAGCACCCUGGCUGGGCCAGAUUGCCUGGGGCACAGGGUUUGCAGUCAAGGCUGGAAAAAUAGGUUGUAGCUAGAUGACCAGUGCCUGAAAGAAUGAGGAGUUGGACCUGGUCUGUAAGCCAGGGAAUUAAUUGUCUCAAAAUAGUGAGUUAAGGGAGACUUCUCUCUGUGCUCUGUUCCAGCUUCAGUCUUAUAAACACCGGCCAUUCUCCUUCAGAAUCCCCUUCUACUGAAGCAACGCCACCCAGCCCAGGGCUAGCUGUGCUACCAGCCCCUAACAGCCGAGACACUCAAGCCAGACCACAGUGGCCAGAGAAUCCUGCCCUGGGCUGACUCUCUCCGGGACAGGAAUGUGGGGUUUUCUGUCCACUCCAGGUGGAGCCUGGUCCACUCUGGGGCUGGCAGGGGGUGUCCUGGAGUGGCCUUACCCAGGCUGCCUUUGCCCACCUCUCAGACACAUACGACCUUCUGUAGGGUAGUCUUGGCUGAACAGGACUGGCCCAAGCCACCCAAGCCAGGGACAGAGGAGGCUCUGGCUGAGGACAGAGGAAGUAGCAUCUCCUCCAGCUGCUGCCACCCCCGUGGCCCAGCCUUUGCAAUAAAGAUGGAGCCACCCACUUCAGCCCACAAUUGAGCAUAAUCAGAAGACAGUCACUCCCAAAAUAUAUGUUAGAAACGACAUUUAAAUGACACAUGGGAAGUCCGUCUAUCUUACUUCCCAUCUCUAAUUCUGGAAGCACAGUGGAGUCAAUGAGUGCAUCUUCAUAGCUGUUCUUCAGCAACUUCUCCAAAAAGUUUCACAUUGCACAAGGCUCUUUUGGAAGCAGGAGUGGUCAGUAAAUUCAGAGGGAGACAAACCCUAAGUAGAGACAGCUUUGUUUGGUGCUGAGCUGUGUGACUGUGAUGACCACUAGCCUGUGCCCCCAGGUUCCAGCUGCCCACCAGGCAGGACAAGCAGGUCUUGCCAAAACUGGAGGCUGUUGGAAACCUAUUUCUGCCACCAAGGAGAGGGACCAGGAGACCCAGCGUAGGUUGGCCCCAAGUAGGCUCGACUCUGGGAGGGUGGGGGCCCUGCCUUUCUCUUCGCACUUGUGCCCCAAGUGCACUCACAGUACCUGGCAUGUGGGUGACAUUUUGGAUGGCCAGCAUGGGGCAGUGUUUCUCAGCCAGAGGGCCUGGGCCCCGAGCAUGUCCAGGAAUCUGAGUUAAAGUGAGCUUACUCUUUCCCCAGUGGAUGGUCAUGAUUGAUCUGUGCGUUCUUUUUCUUGAUACAAAGAUGUUCCUCCUAGCUGCUGUGAUGGCUGUUGGCGACCAGGGUUGAGGAUGGCCUCCGCAGGGCCUCCACUUCCCUGCAUUCCUCUUCACAGAGUCACUGGGCCUACUCCACCUGCUUGAACAGUCCAGAAAGCUGCCACAUCUCCCUGGCUCAAGGAGGCCUUGUUGGCAUGUCAUGGCACAUCUCCUAGAUGUUCAAGAUCUGGGCUCCAGCCCCAGCUCUGCUAGUUAGCUAACCAUGUGAACUCGGGCAAGAUGACCUUUCUAAAGCCUCGUUUCCCUCAUAUGCAGAGUUGAAGGAAAAUAUUAAUACAUACUUUAUAGGAUUGGUGUGAGGAUUAAGUGCUGAGUAAAGUGUCUAUGAAAUAUUGAAAUAAUAAGCAUAUUUUAGCUGCUAUUAUUAUCAUCACUGUCAUUAUCAUUGCAGUCAGCACUUCCCAAAGCAAGGUGCCCAAAACAGACUCAGUGCUUUGGUGCAGUCCCUUGGGAUUUAGGGGCAGAUGUGCAUAUGGCUUCAGAUGCUUCCUUCCUUCCUUCCUUCCUUCCUUCCUUCCU